UCAUGGUGCCGGACUUGAGCCUGAAUUCAAGCAAUUGGAUGUGACUUGGUUCGUUCGUUCGUUCGUUCGUUCGUUCAUGCUCUUGGCCUCAUCCUCGUCGGGGAACAACGGCCUCACUUGGUUCGCCGUUGUCGAUUCUAGAGGAUUAUCUCACGCCCAUCCCGCCCUCGGCCCGUGGACCGGCCCCGGAUUUGCCUGUUGACGAUGGCCUUGAACCCGCAAUACGAGGCCAUUGGCAAGGCCUUCACCCAACAAUACUACGCCCUCUUUGACGAUGCGGCUCAACGGCCCCAAUUGGUAGCCCUCUACAAUGCUGAGCAAUCCUUGAUGACCUUCGAAGGACAACAAAUGCAAGGAUCGGCCAAGAUUAUGGAGAAAAUCAGUUCGUUGACCUUCCAAAAGAUUGCUCAUCUCAUUACUGCCGUGGAUUGUCAACCCACCUUCGACGGAGGCAUUCUGGUCAACGUCUUGGGACAACUAAAGACAGAUGACGAUCCCGCAUUGAGCUUCUCGCAAACGUUCGUCUUGAAAAAUCUUGGGCAAUCCUGGUUCAUUCAACACGAUCUCUUUCGGCUAGGCAUCCACAACUUGGCCACCGCCUAAUCCGAUCUCAAAUUCAGACGGAUGAGGACCCACCCCAAUCGUUCACACAAGUCUUCGUUCUGAAACCCGCCAAUGAUUCGUUCUUCAUCCAACACGAUAUGUUCCGAUUGGUGAUUCAUAAUGUGGCUGCCUGAGACUUGGCCACGGGCUCCAGGUGAUGACGAUAGGAAGAUAGAAGCCACCAUUCAGACGAGACGUGGAUGAUGUUCAAUAGAGAAGAAGACGACUCAUGCCUCGGGGUUUCAUACCUUGCUUAAAGAAUCCACGCAACUGCUGCUGAUAUAAUACACUUUACACACAAA